AUGGCGGCCACGCUUCACUGUUCGGAUGACGAGUUCUCCCUGGUUGAUAGAUCGGGCGAUGAAGUAGCAGAUUAUAACUCGGACUACUCCUUAGACCAUAAAGACCUAUUUGACGCCGAACAGGCAGAUACCGCCGGGUACAAGACCGAUCUAACUGACGAGGAUGACGGUAAUAUAGAAGAUAAGGCGACGCUCUUAGUCGAGGAGCAAUGGAAUAAGUACUACGCCUAUAUUAAACGCAACCUACGCGAGUGUUUCGAGUCCGUCUCGGGGACUAAGAAAGCCAGCUCUCUUAGAACUUACUGGAAGGUGUUCUGGCUUGUCUACGAGAGGGCUAUAAUAGAAAAGCUUGAUAUAAAGCUAAACCGCCAAAUGCAUAGGGCCCUUCGAAGCAUAGCAAAGAAGCAUAGCUUAAGCAACGAGAAGCGCGAGAAGCGAUGUAUGACGAUCGAGGACCUAAAGAAGCAGAUUGACACAAUCGUUAGCACGAUAGACAAGACUUUCCAUGUCGGCGAAUGCCGCGUGCUCUAUGCCUUUUUCUACGAACUUCUUGCCCCGAGCGGGUCCCGCCCAGAAGCCCUGUUGCUACUACAGUUUAGGCAUGACCCCUGCCUCCUCCUCAGUCCAUAUGUCUUCCUCCUAGGUGUCCUCUUCGCCAACCAGGCCUUCGAGGCGCCAAGUCUCAUAUCUCUAGAGAAGCUAUACCGGCUUGAUAUUCACCUAGGGGAUCUAAGCAAGACAUUUAUAUUCCGUAAGAUCAAGCGAGUCGGCAAACUCACUGGAUUUAAGAUCUCGACUAUCCUAUAUAACCUCCGCUAUAAUGCCGCCAGCGAGUUCGACAAGAGCGCAGAUGACCCUUGCAUUAGGGAGCUUGUCUGGCGUCGAGACGUUCUCUACGCGCGCUCCCGGCAGUCGGCCGAAGUACGACGCAAGUACGAAAAAGCGGCGACGAGAGUUACUAAGGAGAAACUAAGGCUGAGAAGAGCUCUUAAGUCGCAAAUCCGAGAGGAGUUCGAUACUUGGCAAGCCAUAGAGGAUAUCGAGAGGCAGUUAGCCGGUCAUAGAUUCCAGGACAUGAAACAUCUUGUCAAGGUAUUAUAUGCCCCGAUAGACUACAAGACCGUCGAGGAGCUAUAUAAGCGGCGCGAUACUAUAAUUAAUGCAGUAGCUACGUACUGCAAGGUCAAGGAAGGCUGGCGCCUACAGCUCCUGUCCGAGAAGAAGGCUUCAGCAAAUAUAGCACUUGUCAAGACCUAUACAAAGGAUCCACUAGAGGGCAGCCUACUACAGGAGGCGCUACUAUCUAUGUUUAAGAAGAAGAUAUAUCGGUGUUUCCUUUGCGUUAGGAAGGCUUACUCCAUUCGGGUGGACGACCUACGGUUUCCGCCGCUUAUCCACGAAUUCUACUCCCCUAGGGACAUAACAAAGUACUUCCGAUGCAAACACCUAUCGAAUCUACAAAAGGACAAGGCCAUUAUAUAUACUGCUUGCAAUCUAAAGCUUAUAUAUAAGGAGUACCUCAAAUGCUAUGCCAUUAAUAUAUAUAGAACUGUGCCUUGA